AUGUCAGCUCCAUGUUUUGGGCGGCCCAUCUGGUUAGUUCAGCUAUCACUGCUGGAAGCCCCUGCGGUUGUUCGGCUGCGUACUCCCCGUUCGCGUAUCUCACACUCCCCAUCUUUUUUUUCAUAUUUCAUCUUUCUACCGGUCGGCUUCGUGCAGAUAGAUGUUUGCCGGGGGAGAUUGGUGCUCCUGAGGUAUGCCCUUCCGGUGGGUUGUUAUAUUCUCUGUCUAUUUCAUCCAGUGUCCGCACUGCGUCAUAAAAUCUUCGUCUUCGAUCUCUCUUCGCAACGCAAUAAAGAAGUCUAA